CAUGACAUCAGAGCGUUAUCGGGAAUUCCUCUCCCUGUAGGGCUGGAGAGGGCUCCGUGUGACGGUGCAGCGGAGCUCCAGACGCCGCUGUCAGGAAGCAGCACGUACUGAAUACACGUGAGGCGUCAAGUUGACCACGGUAGCUCGCCGUGUUUUCAUCCACCGCAAAGCGAGAUGUGUCUGAGAAGUUAUAGUUUAAUGACAGAAGUCGGAGAAGAAGCAACAUGAGCGUCCGCAUCUUCCUCUGCGCAUAAACACAACAUCUGAGAGCUGCACAGCCACUAAAGUGACCAGAGCAAGGCCGAGUUUAAUGUAAGUGUCUAAGUGAUAUAAUCCUGUCAUUUCAUUCACAGGAAACUUUUUGUCUGAUGAUAGUUUGAGGUGGUAUUUUUAGACACUGUAGUUUGAAAACGCUGUUAAAAAAAAAAAAAAAAAAAAAAAAAAAAAAAACAGCAAAAAUGAAUCAAUGGUAUUCUGCUUGAAUAAUUAAAUUUAAAUUUAAAUCUUUUGCUGACACAUUUCCUGUCAGUUAAACAUAGUAUCUGUAACAAGUACUCAGGUUUACCUUUGAUAAUGUGUGUCAGUUACAGCUGUGUUUGUUUUAGUUUGAGUAUUUUUGAGUUGGGAGACAGUGGUAUGUUGAUGAACCUGUUCUAGCCUAUAGAAAACACGUUCAACAAACCGGUAAUCUUAUUGCAUUUGAAGACAACUCACGGAAGGUUGUGUGCUGUGUGUGCGUGAAUGUUAAAUUUGGGAGUAUAUAUUUGCAAAUGAGGGAAACAAAACAGCCCCCAGACUCUCGAGGGAGUCUGUUUAUUAUUGAACAUGUAACCAUUUAAAUUUUAUUUAAAUAUGUUACUAGGCAGUCUAAAUGCAUGUCAGCAAAGUGUUCAUUUCUAAUGAAUGACGUGCAGUGUUUCCCUUGAGGAGAGGUCUGGAAGUUAACAGCCAUAUGAUAAACUUCACAUGAUAUAGGCACUGGGGUUUUUUUCCUCAACCUCAGAGUUUGGUUCCCAUCGCACUUUUGCAUCAACAGUGACUGUAUUGUUUUGCAGCGUAUUUCUCAGCAGGCCUAUCAGUUUCUGUUAUUUUACUCAGCUCGUGCACCCGCUGGGCUAUCUGUUUUGAAUCUCAUCACUGGCCACGUUCUCUGAACAGUCUAUAUGAGCCCCACACCAAGUCUGGCUGACCUUGUCACGGAGCUUUGCCAUAGAAGGGAUCAGCUGAUCGUGUACGGACACGCUGGCAGCUCAUGUGUCUGCUCCCGAGCUCCUGGGGCUGCUGGCGGGUCGUCUUUAAAUAGAUAAGCACUUUAGUUUGUGCGCCACAAGAGAGGCCGCAGCCUACGAGCAAGGUGAUUUCUCAAGUCUAUCUGCGUCUCAGAGGAUGAUUCAGCAAAAUGCCGUCCUUCUAUAUUCGUUCUCUGCAUCAGAGGAAAUACUGAACAGGAAGAUUACUGAUUUUUAUUCAUCUCUUCCCCGCUGACAACGUUAUUUGAAAAAUAUCAGGUUGGGAGCGUUUCUCUUGAACAACAAAACUCUGGAAGCGUAGGGUCCACCAUGUUCCCUGAUGCCCUGGAAGAAGCCGGGCGCGUGGAGGGCUUGUCGCUCUCCUCUCCACAGCCGCUACCAGAGCUGGAGGACGAGGGAGCGGAGGAGUCUGCGGAGAGGGGCCCGAAGCGACGAGGCCGCUACCGGCACAGCCUGCAGAUUUUAAAGCCCUUCAGGAUAACGCACAAGCACCAGCACCCAGUCGAUAACGCUGGCUUCUUCUCAUUUAUGACUCUGCACUGGCUCUCCCCGUUGGCACUGAAGGCCUACAAGGCAUCCAGCUUGUCUAUAGAUGAUGUGUGGGGACUGUCUUGCCACGAAGCCUCUGCAGUCAACUGCCAAAGGCUCGAAUCCUUGUGGCACGACGAGCUGAAAAGACGUGGCCGGGAGGGGGCCUCUCUGACAAGAGUCUUCUGGAGGUUCUGCCACACCCGAAUGCUCGUGGCCAUCUUUUCCCUGCUCCUCACAAUGGUGGCUGGCUUCGUUGGGCCUGCUGUCCUGGUUCGAGCUCUGUUGGAGUAUUCCCAGAGCUCACAGAGCAGCAUGCAGUAUGGCCUGGCUCUGGCAGCCGGGAUCUUCCUCAUGGAACUGAUGCGCUCCUGGUCUCUAGCGUUGAUGUGGGCUGUCAACUAUCGUACUGCUGCACGCCUCCGUGGGGCUGCUCUUACCUUUGCCUUCCACAAGAUCCUCCGGCUGCGCAGCACUAAGGACAUCAGUCCAGGCGAGUUGAUCAACAUCUGCUCCAGCGAUGGCCAGCGGCUGUAUGAAGCGGUGUCAGUGGGCUGCCUGAUGGCUGGGGGGCCCCUCGUGGGAAUAUUGGGUCUGUCUUACACCACAUUCUUCCUGGGCCCCACUGCUCUGCUGGGGUCAGCCGUUUUCAUCAUCUUCUACCCUAUAAUGAUGCUUGCAUCAAGGCUGACGGCGUACUUUCGCAAGAAGUGUGUGACGGUCACUGACCGACGUGUGAGGCUGAUGAACGAGAUCCUGGGCUGCAUAAAGUUCAUCAAGAUGUAUUGUUGGGAAGAUGCCUUUGCCCAGAACAUUCACAAGGUGCGAUCAGAGGAGAAGAGGAUACUAGAGAGAGCCGGGGUCGUCCAGAGUCUCACAGUGGGUGUGGCUCCCAUUGUCGUGGUGAUAGCAAGUGUGUGCACAUUCACCCUACAUAUGGCCUUGGGCUACGAUCUCACUGCAGCUGAGGCUUUCACUGUGGUUGCCGUUUUUAACUCCAUGACCUUUGCCCUGAAAGUCACACCACUGGCCAUGAGGUCCCUGUCAGAGGGUGCAGUCGCCGUCAAAAGAUUUCAGAGACUCUUCAUGAUGGAUGACAGGCAGGCUGUGUUAGCCAAAAUGGAAGAUCCUGACAAUGCAGUUGAAUUCCGGGAUGCCACGCUGGCUUGGGAAAAGGCUCGCUCUCCAGCUACAAAACCAAACCCGCCUCCCAAGAAACAAGGAGGGAUGAAGCGCUUGCUGCGCAGGGAGAAGCUAACCCUGUACAUUCCCGCAGAGGACGGCAAAGCAAACAAGGACGGCCCCAACACGCAAAGUCUGCUCACAAACAUGGAGCAGGAGAGUCCGCAAAGCACCAUCUCCUCCACUCAAAGCAUACGGCCGCCACUGCACAAGACCUUGCACCGCAUUGACCUACGUAUCAAAAGGGGUUCGCUGGUGGGAAUCUGUGGCGGUGUCGGAACUGGAAAGAGUUCUCUUCUGUCCGCUCUGCUGGGACAGAUGACAUUGUUAGAGGGUAACGUAGCUGCCAGUGGGGGCUUCGCAUAUGUGUCUCAACAAGCCUGGAUUCUCAAUGACUCCCUGAAGGAAAACAUCUUGUUUGGAGAGAAUUAUGAACCAGAAAAAUACAAUGCAGUGCUUGAAGCAUGCUGUCUCCUCCCAGAUCUUGCAGAGCUCCCGUACAGGGACAUGACAGAGAUUGGAGAGAGGGGUGCCAACUUGAGCGGAGGGCAGCGUCAGAGAGUGAGCCUGGCACGCGCACUCUACAGUGAGCGGCCCAUACUUCUCCUGGAUGACCCUCUCAGUGCUGUUGAUGCUUGUGUGGGCUCCCAUAUGUUCAAUAAAGCUAUUCGGGGUCUAGCUAAAGGCAAGACAGUGCUCUUUGUGACACACCAGCUGCAGUAUCUGCCUGAGUGUGACAGCGUUAUUGUGAUGAAGGACGGGCAGAUCGGUGAGCAUGGCACUCAUGCGCAACUAAUGGCUAAAGAGCGCGACUAUGCCGCCCUAUUCCACAGCAUGCAACAAGAGAACAUGGUUAAAGAGAAUUUAAAAAACAAACAGCAACAGGCAGCGGAAAAAAAGCCUGACAGUACUGUUGAUGUUGCCAAGGUCGGACCAAAGGUGGAAAGCAAGAGUGGAGAAAAACUUAUGAAAGCUGAAGAGAAAGGCUCUGGUGCAGUUGCCUGGUCUGUGUAUGGAGCCUACAUCAAAGCAGCAGGAGGUCCAAUAGUUUUCUUCAUCAACGCCUUCUUCUUCCUUGCCACCACAGGAAGCAUAGCCUUCAGCAACUGGUGGCUGAGUCACUGGAUCAGGCAGGGCAGCGGGAACACAUCAUUAAUCUUGGUGAAUGAAACGAUGGAGAGCAACAGCAUGAGACUCAAUCCUCAUAUUCAGUUCUAUUCAGCUGUUUACGUCGUCUCCAUGGGAGCUGCUCUGCUGCUGAAGACAUUGAGAGGCCUGGUGUUUGUGAAGUGCACGGUAAAGGCGUCCUCCGCACUCCACGACAAGCUGUUCAGCCGGCUCCUCAUCAGCCCCAUGCACUUUUUUGAUACGACACCUCUGGGUCGUAUCCUGACCCGCUUCUCCAGGGACAUGGACGAGGUUGAUGUGCGUCUGACCAUGCAAACUGAAAUGCUGCUACAGAACCUGACCCUGGUGCUGUUUUGCUUGGCCAUGGUGGGCAUUGUCUUCCCCUGGUUCCUGAUCUCCAUCCUGCCCUUGGGGGCCUUCCUAUGCAUUGUCAACCGUGUCUCCAGGGUUCUGAUUCGUGAGCUGAAGCGCCUGGAGAAUAUCAGCCAUUCACCAUUCACCUCUCACAUCACCAGCAGUCUUCAGGGACUCUCCACCAUCCACGCCUAUGGAAGAGGCCACGAUUUCCUCCAAAGAUAUCAGGAAUUACUGGACACCAACCAGGCCUCCAACUACCUCUUCAGUUGUGCUAUGCGUUGGCUGGCUGUUCGUCUGGACCUCAUCAGCAUCUCUCUUAUCACUGCUGUCGCCCUUUUCAUUGUCUUCAUGCACAAUCAGAUACCUCCAGCCUACGCGGGCCUGGCCAUAUCGUAUGCAGUGCAGCUGACGGGCUUGUUUCAGUUCACAGUGCGGCUGCUCACAGAGACAGAAGCUCGGUUUACAUCAGUCGAGAGAAUCAAUCAUUACAUAAAGAGUCUUGAGAGUGAGGCGCCUAGACACAGCCCUGAGGCAGCCACUCCUGCCCCCUCCUGGCCUCAACAUGGAAAAAUCACCUUCCAGGAUGUGAAGAUGCAAUAUCGCAAUGAUCUGCCACUGGUACUCAAGGACCUGUCCUUCACCAUUCUGCCUGAAGAGACUAUCGGCAUUGUGGGCCGCACAGGAUCAGGGAAGUCCUCUCUGGGAGUAGCUUUGUUCAGACUUGUGGAGUUGACCGGAGGCACCAUUAGCAUUGAUGGGAUCAAUAUAGCACAAAUUGGUCUGGAUGACCUGCGGAGCAAGCUAGCCAUCAUUCCUCAAGAGCCUGUACUCUUCAUUGGUACUGUCAGGAGUAAUUUAGACCCGUGGGAUCAAUACAGUGAUUCUCAGAUCUGGGAGGCACUCGAGAACACACACAUAAAAGAAAUGGUCAGCCAGCUGCCUCAUUCGCUCCACUCUGAAGUGACAGAGAACGGAGAGAACUUCUCGGUGGGAGAACGGCAGCUGCUGUGUGUGGCCAGAGCCCUGCUGAGGAACAGCAAGGUCCUCAUAUUGGACGAGGCAACGGCAGCAAUUGACACAGAGACAGAUCGUCUCAUCCAAGAGACCAUUCGCUGCGCGUUUGGCAGAUGCACCACUCUCAUCAUCGCCCAUCGUCUCAACACGGUGAUGAGCUGUAGCAGGGUCAUGGUACUAGACAACGGCCAGAUUUUGGAGUUUGACAGUCCUGCAGCUUUGCUGGCAGAUGAAAACUCAAGAUUCAGAGCCAUGGUCGGAGCAUCAGAAAACCAAAGCAGAUAAAACACACUGGAGCUGAGCUCAAGACCUGAAUGGUGGCGCUGCAAAACAAAACAAGUUGCACAAACAAAAAAAACAAAAAAAUGACUACACAAUUAACCCAACCCUGCCACGGUGGUAGCUUAAGAAAUACAGUGAUGGCUGCUCUGUGUAACAGUGUCUGUUUAUUUACACACCAAAGCCCCAGGGACCACAUUUUCUGACGGACACAUCACAAUCUCAGCAUGCAAAUUAAGACGUAACAGCCUUCCGUUCAUUGCCGCCGUGUCGAAGGACUCAUUUCCUGGAGGCCAGAUCAUUAACUACAAGUAAAACAGAGUUGUGUCUCUGACAGUAGCACUUUAUGUUUCAUAUGGACACGAGGAACAACGUGCAGUAUUUCCUUUUCCUCUGGAGGUCAGUUAAUCAGUGAGACUCCAAAUUAGUUUUAGUCAUUUUAUUUCCGUAACAAAAACCUAAGCAAAGGAUAGCUCAGAACUGAAUAGCAAUUAAUAUAAUGACAUCAAUGUUUUAAUUUAUAUGUUUUGGUUGAAGAAUGUAUUAGUUUACGUUGAUUGUUCAAUAUUUAAAGAAAAUCACCUGUUAUCCAUUCCUGGGAGGCACUGUCUAAACCAGGGGUCGGCAACCUUCAACACUCAAAGAGCCGUUUGGACCGGUUUCCCACAGAAAAGAAAACACUGUGAGCCACAAAACCCCUGUGACAGCUAAAAUGAAGAUAACACUGCAUAUAGCGUUUUUUUACCUCUAUGCUAGGCCUAUGUAUAAAAAACUAUAGUGUGUUGCAUUUAUGAAAUGAAAGAACUGCUACAGAGAAAACGAAAUUGUAGUUAUGCAUACAUAACAGGGACUUAUCCAUGGUUGGCUUACCUGCAAUCGAAAAGUUCAAUAUAUAGCGGGUUGGACCUGCCGGCGGGUGUUGCACAUCGGCAGUUGUGGCGUAUAUUUUGAUUAAAAAAUUAAACACGUUUUAUUUUAAUGUUACAAGAUCCGCGAGUUGCCGACCCCUGGUGUAAACCAUGCUAAAAAAUAUUGUUGUCUGUUUUUUUUCUUCUUUUGUUGAUAAUGCAGUAAUUUAAAUGAGUUAUUGCAGAAGAGAUAUGUGCCUAGAGCUGUUAACACUUUCAGGUUAUAUAAUGGAGUUAGCCAUGUAAGCAUGCUUUUUUUUAGACUGCAUGCAAGUACUGUGUAUUGAAAAGAGCUAAUGUUUCCAAAUGCUGGAGUUUCAAAUCUGCACAAUUUACACUGCUGGUUUAUCUGUUCUGCCAGUGGGGUACAGUCAUUUUGAUGUUGAGAAAAGUGUAUUAUUCAGUUGCAAUUUUACAGGUACGCUGCGUUAUUUGCAACAAAGCUGCAACAUCAGGAGUUAAAUGUUGUGUUCUCACAAAUUUGAAGAUUGUAAACUUCUGCCUUAUAAUCAAGAGUGUGCUGAACAAUCAUGAAAAGUGCAAUAUCUUCCUAUUGCUUUGAUGCAUUUUCAAGAUUGCCUUUGUACAUUGCAAUAUAUUUUUGAUUAAUGUCGAAUUUUUAAUAUAAAAUUGUUGUUGUUUUUUUAAUAAAAUAUUUUUGUAGAUGA